AUGUCGAUAUCCAGUGCUCGUGCGGAAAUGGAGAAGCUGCAAUUUCUCGAUCAAGAUAAUGAGGCAAUGCCGGAAUCCCCUUCCAAAAAUCCUGAUUUUCCAUCAGUCCCUCAGAAUUCCUCUGCUGCGCCAGAGGCAAACUAUGGACGAAAUAACGAAUCCCAACAUGAUCGUGAUGAGGCACGGGAAUUUUCUUUGCGGAGUGAACUGGAAAGUAUCCGGAACAUCAACCGGGUGGUGGAAGAUAUCAUUCAUAGCUUGGAUCGAGCAAAGGACAACAUGGAAAAUGUUUCCCGUACCGUCGCAUCCGCGUCUACACUUUUAAACACCUGGACACGAAUCCUAGCCCAGACGGAACAAAAUCAACGACUCAUCCUAAAUCCGUCCUGGCAAGGUGCAUCCAAAGAUAUCGCAGAUAUUGAAGGCGAGUCGAUAUUACGACAGCAGGAGGUGGAAAGAAUUGAGCUAGAACUCCAGCAGCGGAGAGAGGCCAUGGCUCGAAAAGCGGAGGAGGAGGAGCGGAAGAAAGAAGCUACAUCCGCUGCUAGGGGAUCGCGUGGACUGGCGCGAGGGAGAUCACGAAUAUUGGGCCGGACUCCUUCUACGACCAGCUCAUUCGGCACGACAAGAGGAACAGCUACGGCAAGAGGUACAACGGCAACAAGAGGCACGACAACACGUGGAACGACAAGCCUGCGAAGACCGGCGGCAUCUGCACCGGGCACGAGGGGAAGGGGAAAGGUCCCGGGGCCAUCAUAA